CAGUGGAGGUGGUGGCCCUCUGUGCUUGGGGAUCCCUUCCAAUCCCUUCAGACUCUUGCUUGUUUUUCAGUACAAGUACAAGCUCACCUCUUUAUCCCCGAGCAUGGCACCAAAGAAGAUUGAACCGAAGAAACCCGAGCCCAAAAAGCCAGAGCCCAAGAAAGAUGCGGCUCCCGCCGCUAAGCCAGCUCCGACUCUUCAGCCGCUGCCUGAGCCGCCUAAGGAGCCCGCCUUCGAUCCCAAGAGCAUCACUCUUGAGUACACCGCCGACCAGAUAGAGGAGUUCAAGGAGGCUUUCACCUUGUUCGACCGCACACCGACUGGAGAAAUGAAGAUCACGUACAGCCAGUGCGGGGACGUGAUGCGAGCUCUGGGCCAGAACCCCACCAACGCAGAUGUGCUCAAAGUGCUGGGCAAACCGGGGCCGGAGGACAUGAGCUCCAAAAUGGUGGAUUUUGAGACCUUCCUGCCAAUGCUGCAACACAUCUCCCGUGCAAAAAAUCAAGGCACCUUUGAGGAUUUUGUGGAGGGGCUCAGGGUUUUUGACAAAGAAGGCAAUGGCACCAUCAUGGGAGCAGAGCUGCGUCACGUGCUGGCCACGCUGGGAGAGAGGAUGACAGAGGACGAGGUGGACCGACUGAUGUCCGGACAGGAGGACGCCAACGGGUGCAUCAACUACGCCUCCUUUGUAAAGCAUAUUCUGUCUGUAUGAAAGUGACAUUUAGCUGUGGAGACUUGGCCUCUGUUACCGCUACUCUCUGGAUGCUUGUUAAAUAUUUGUCCGCGGAGAGGUGAGAAUGUCUCUUCAUUAGUGUCGUUAUUUUCCGGACGCGGCAAUCAAUGUUUGGUGAAAUAAUGUCGGCUGCGAGACCUGUGAUUAGUUAUUUUUAAUACACACUGACUUAUAAGGAAAUGCCAAUGAGAUAAAAUGAACAUUCAAAACCAAAACUCAAUUAAUAAAGAAAAUAUAAUUAUAAA